AGUAUUCAGCUGUGUUGCGGUCACCAUGUGUAGAGUCCCACAUACGAGGCUCGCCACUGACACUUGCCGCUGCCAGUGCCACCAUCACACACCAACAUGGAGGGCUGGCACUGCCUAGGGACGGUUAUUGUUGCCUUCUGCUACCUACUGAACCUUGGAAAAGCUGGAGUGUGUGCAGGAUCUGGUGAAGAGCCAAGGGUGCUGUUGCAGCUGGAGUUGGGUGAGCCAUACGUCUACGAGCAGGGCCAGCGCUGUGGGACAGAUACCGGGUGUCUGUUUUCGUUCCAUACGGAUGAAACAUCUGGAGAAGACAAUCUGGGAGAAUACGUUGAGUUGAGGAAGUAUUACAACACCUCCCAGGGCGCCAUCGUCGUCCACUCCAGCAGGUCCUACAUCACUGGUGUCCUGGUCUUCAAGCAAGAGUUCCCUGAUGGACUGCAAGGAACGAGUACGGGCAACAAAGACCUGGUUAGUGCCUGCUACCCCAGCUUGGUCCUCCCCAGUUCCUCUGAUGCCCCAGACCUCCGGUACAUCACCCCUGGAGGGUUUAUGGCCGGCUGGACGCUCUACUCCCACGGCAGCAUGUUUACUGACGUGGACUGGUUCCGGGAUGGCGAAGAUGGAGGGGUGGUGGUGCUGUUUCAGGGCGAGGACGAGGCUGUAGCCAGCGUGGUGGUAUCCGCCCUCACCCAGCCCAUGGCCACUAAUGUAUGGCUCGACCGAGACCACUGGACUCUAGAUUGGGGAGUGCAGGGCCUGGCCGAGCACAUCCCAGCAGGAUUCUCGUCUGAAGUGAUCAUCUACCCGGGCGUGGAGGGCAUCACCAAGAACAUCAUGGCGUGGGGGGACGCCUUGAAGCGCUAUCAUGGGGCUGCCAAGAUGCAGGACACCUCGGCAGACUUCCUCACCUACUACACUGACAACGGCGCCUACCACUACUACAACCCUCUUCCAUACAUCAACUUCCGCGACGCCCUCACCCAUGUCUACAACUACUCGCUCGAUAACAAUAUUCCAUUCAGGCGCCUGCAGCUGGACUCCUGGUGGUACUACAAGGGCGUCGGCUUCGGCGUCAAGAACUGGACGGAGAUCCCACUCUUGUUGCCGGGUGGCAUCGCUGGCCUGCACCAGACGACAGGUUGGCCCAUCGUCGCCCACAAUCGGUACUUCAGUAGUGACACUGUCUACGCUCAACAGAAUGGAGGUCAGUACCCUUUCACGGUGGAUGAAGAGACCGGGAAGUCGCUACCGCUGGACAAGAGCUUCUGGGACGACCUGCUGGACGAGGCUCUCACCUGGGGUCUGGCCACAUACGAACAGGACUGGCUGGACAGACAGUACAUGUUCACCAGCGCCCUACACACUAACGUGACGUUGGGGAGCAGUUGGCUGGACAACAUGGGGAAGGCAGCGGAGGAACGCGGCCUCAACAUACAGUAUUGUAUGUCACUUACCCGCCACGUCCUCCACUCCGUCAGCCUCCCUGCCGUCACCCAGAUCAGAGUCAGCGGCGACUACCUCUACACUCCGGGCCAAUGGCGCAUCGGGGCGUCGUCGUUGCUGCCAUACGCUCUGGGUCUUCGUCCCUUCAAAGACGUCUUUUGGAGUUCGCAGGAAAAUGUCGACGCCAUCUACAAUGACUGUGAAGUCGUGACGAACGAUGAUCCGCUGACGAACAUAUAUAAUUAUAACGGAAACAUUAACAUCACUGCGUCUGGAAAGCCAUGUGUACCCUGGAAAGACUUCGGGUGGGACGACCUCUACUACACCAGUACCUUGUUCGAGAACCUGUGUAGGAACCCAGAUAACAUCAAGGAAGGCGCCUUCUGCUUCACUAAAGCUUCAUUUGAUGUGCCGGAGGAGGAGUGGGAGUGGGAGUACUGUGACGUGCCCAAGUGUGAGCUGGACUGCUACACCUUCAACGGCAUCUUAUACCAGGGUGACCAGAACGUGACCCAGAGUGGCCAGGUGUGCGUUGACUGGGCCGGUGAACACAAUAUCCACGGUGCUGUGUGUCGCAACCCCAACAACGACGCUGCGCCGUGGUGUUACGUGACGGAGGACCACUUGGAGAAAGACUUCUGUAACAACAAGUGUCUUGAGGCCGUGGAACUCAACUCGUAUCUGCAGGGAGCAGUAUCGACGCUGAGUGGCGGACCUGUAGGCGUUGGCGACAAGGCCCAGAACCUUAAUGUUCAACUUAUUAUGAAAUCUUGCAAUGCCGAGGGACGUUUGUUGCAGCCGACAAAACCCCUGACGGUCGUUGACGGUUACUUCUUCUCGUCUGACUAUAGAGAAGUAUGGACGGGCUACAGCACCAUAGGAAAUUAUAACUUCGGCAUAAUUUUCCUGGCAGAGGUCGAUAAAGCACUGCAAAUGACUCCUUCAGAGCUGAACUUAGAAAAUGCCUUCACCACAAAAACCUUCUUGUUCAGUAAUUAUCCCGAGAACUCGACGUACACGCACGACGUAUCUUCUGGCCAGACCAUUGAUCUUCCUGCCUGUGGGGGCUUCCUUAAUUUCUGUCUCAUCUACACGUCACCGGCCUUCCAGAUCAAUACAGGAGAAAUCUUCAUCUUGGGUGAGAGGGAGAAGUGGGCGCCUGUUUCGCCUGAGAGGUUGUCGGAAAUCACAGAAUCUCCCUCGUCACUCACGGUUGUCGUCAGUGGUGUUCAGGGAGAGGCUGUCACUAUAUCCUUCCUUGACCAGACUAUUUUCACUGUGACCUGUAACUUUACAGAGACAGGCACUAUGAUCAUUGACACCACAGAGCGCACCUGUCAGUAACACCACAAGGAGCGUCCACCAGUAACACCACAGGGAGUGUCUACCAGUAACACCACAAGGAGCGUCUACCAGUAACACCACAAGGAGCGUCUACCAGUAACACCACAAGGAGCGUCUACCAGUAACAACACAAGGAGUGUCUACCAGUAACACCACAAGGAGCGUCUACCAGUAACACCACAAGGAGCGUCUACCAGUAACACCACAAGGAGCGUCUACCAGUAACACCACAAGGAGCGUCUACCAGUAACACCACAAGGAGCGUCUACCAGUAACACCACAGGGAGCGUCUACCAGUAACACCACAAGGAGCGUCUACCAGUAACACCACAAGGAGCGUCUACCAGUAACACCACAAGGAGCGUCUACCAGUAACACCACAGGGAGCGUCUACCAGUAACACCACAAGGAGCGUCUACCAGUAACACCACAAGGAGCGUCUACCAGUAACACCACAGGGAGCGUCUACCAGUAACACCACAAGGAGCGUCUACCAGUAACACCACAAGGAGCGUCUACCAGUAACACCACAAGGAGCGUCUACCAGUAACACCACAAGGAGUGUCUACCAGUAACACCACAAGGAGCGUCUACCAGUAACACCACAAGGAGUGUCUACCAGUAACACCACAAGGAGUGUCUACCAGUAACACCACAAGGAGUGUCUACCAGUAACACCACAGGGAGCGUCUACCAGUAACACCACAAGGAGCGUCUACCAGUAACACCACAGGGAGCGUCUACCAGUAACUCCACAAGGAGCGUCUACCAGUAACACCACAAGGAGCGUCUACCAGUAACUCCACACGGAGCGUCUACCAGUAACUCCACAAGGAGCGUCUACUAGUAACACCACAGGGAGCGUCUACCAGUAACACCACAGGGAGCGUCUACCAGUAACACCACAGGGAGCGUCUACCAGUAACACCACAAGGAGCGUCUACCAGUAACACCACAAGGAGCGUCUACCAGUAACUCCACAAGGAGCGUCUACCAGUAACUCCACAAGGAGCGUCUACCAGUAACUCCACAAGGAGCGUCUACCAGUAACACCACAAGGAGCGUCUACCAGUAACUCCACAAGGAGCGUCUACCAGUAACUCCACAAGGAGCGUCUACCAGUAACACCACAAGGAGCGUCUACCAGUAACUCCACAAGGAGCGUCUACCAGUAACACCACAAGGAGCGUCUACCAGUAACUCCACAAGGAGCGUCUACCAGUAACUCCACAAGGAGCGUCUACCAGUAACACCACAAGGAGCGUCUACCAGUAACACCACAAGGAGCGUCUACCAGUAACUCCACAAGGAGCGUCUACCAGUAACUCCACAAGGAGCGUCUACCAGUAACUCCACAAGGAGCGUCUACCAGUAACUCCACAAGGAGCGUCUACCAGUAACUCCACAAGGAGCGUCUACCAGUAACUCCACAAGGAGCGUCUACCAGUAACUCCACAAGGAGCGUCUACCAGUAACUCCACAAGGAGCGUCUACCAGUAACUCCACAAGGAGCGUCUACCAGUAACUCCACAAGGAGCGUCUACCAGUAACUCCACAAGGAGUGUCUACCAGUAACUCCACAAGGAGCGUCUACCAGUAACUCCUCACAGUAUUCUAUCCAGAGCACUUAUUAGUGACAAAUAAAAUCCUUAACAAGACAUAUUUUCAGUUAUGUUUAGUAUAAGUUGUCAGUGAUACAAGACAACAACUUACAGUAGUUGUAAAUCAUAACUACUGCUGAUAUAUAACACCAGAAUGUUAUUGGUAAUAAAAUAUAAUAUUUCA